AGAACUGAAAAAAAAUAUAUUGGCAUUUUCCAGUCAGUUUCAAUCGCUGGAAGGCACAAGAGCCAAAAGAUGCAGAAAGCUGAGUCUAGGGUUGACAAGGGAUCCUGAUGAUCAUGGAUUCUCCUGCUGCUACGAAGAAAACCCCCAUUUCCGUCGCCACUGCCGAUGCUGCUGCUUCUUCUGAAUCUCCUCCUGUUCAAGAGUCCCCUUUUUUCAGCUUUGUAAACAAUUUAUCUCCAAUAAAGUCUGUCAAGGCUUCUCGUGUGGCUCAAGAUUUCCUAGGACUAAAUUCUCCCCCUGUUGUCUUCACGUCACCACGUAUUAAUCCCCAUCGUGGAUCCAAGUUCUUGGAGGAGAGGCCUCAAUGCUCUCAAUCAGCCGCUGUAGAAAUUUCUCAAAGUGUCAAUGGGGGCAAGAGCCUUGCUGAUAAUCCUGUUGAUUCUGACAAAUCCACUUUUUUAUCGCUGGGAUUUAUAACUGAUAGCAAGAGAAAUUAUUCAAAUACUCAACACUGCGGCUCUUCACUGUGUGUAGAAUCUGUAGAUGAAUAUUUAGCUGAUCCUUCAGAUAUUGAUCAUACGCCUUCGGGGCAUUCAGUCAACCCCGACGUGAAACAAUCCAAUGAGAAUGUUGGAUCAUCACUAAAUGACUUAACUCACUCAAAGAAAGCCCAAUCAAAAGUUGAUGACAAAAAUGGUCCUGGUGACCAGAUGAACGAACCUUUGAUCUUGUUAGAGGAGUCUGAAGCCUCCUAUCAAGAAAAGCCAGGACUAGUUGAUGAAGCAAGGAAAGUAGAAGGGGAGAAAGCCGUUGAAUGGCCUUCUCAAGAAUGCGCAAAGUUAGAAUCUAUUUUGUCUUCUGACCAUGUUUUUGAGAAGCAACGUUCUGAUGAUUCAAUUGUCCAGGAUUGGGUGAUUGUACAAUCUCAGUCAAGAGCAUUCCUUUGCUGGAUUUCAUCAUGUUGUCAUCACCAAAAGCACCGAGGCCUGCGUAGACGGUGCCUUCAGUUUGAGGAGGUUGCGUCAAGUGUUUUUGGAAAUUCGAACAGCUCCCCGCUUCAAGCCCAUGUUCCCGAAGAUUUAAUACCAUCAGCGAACUCCUCAGAUUCAAAAGCUCUAGAAGCUUCUGAUGUUGCACUAAAUGACACUUCUGGUGAAACGAGAAUGGCCAAGCAGCCCAAACCUAUCACUGCUACCACAUUUUCUGCGCGGCGUAGUGGAAGAUUGCCUGUGAAAGGUUCCAAGCCAUCAGGUAUCGGGUUACACUUAAAUAGCAUUGUAAAUGCUAUGCCCCAUGGCCGCGACGCGUUUACAGGUAUGAGACUAGCAGAGGGUUGUACAGGUUUACAAGACGGGAAGUCUGUAAAUUUACUUAGCUGUCGCGAUGCUGAGGACUUUAAGAGGGGCUUACCUUCAUCAAACAUGGACGAGCAACCAUCAGUUGGCAGUGAAUGUGAGAGGUACGAAACGAAUGCUUCAAUAACUGCGGAUUCUCUCCCCUCUGAGUUUCCGAGCUCUACAGAACCUGCAAAUUUGUCAGCACACGUUGAGCAUCCAGCAAGUGUCCAAGAUGAGAGAAAAUUAAGCUCUGUUGGUGAUGGAAAAUUUGAGGAUUCCAAUCAAACAAGCCCCAAAAAGAAAAAGAAGAGAACAUCAAACCCCACUGAUGACGACGGUUGUAAAAGGUGCAACUGUAAGAAGAGUAAAUGUUUAAAACUUUACUGUGAUUGUUUUGCAGCGGGAUUAUUUUGUGCUGAGUCUUGUGCUUGUCAAGACUGCUUUAAUAGACCAGAACAUGGAAGUUUGGUUCUUGAGACAAGGCAGCAAAUAGAAACCCGUAACCCACUUGCAUUUGCCCCCAAGAUUGUGCAGCAUGUUACUGAUAUCCCUUCAAAUAAUAUGGAUGAUGCCAAUAUAACGACACCAUCAUCGGCAAGACAUAAACGAGGCUGCAACUGCAAAAAGUCAAUGUGUCUGAAAAAAUAUUGCGAAUGUUAUCAGGCUAAUGUCGGAUGCUCCAGUGGAUGUCGAUGCGAGGGAUGUAAGAAUGUCUACGGCAGGAAAGAAGAUUACGUUGCCGUUGAACAUGCUUUGAGUGAAGAAAGGAGAAACAGAGCAGAAGAAGGAUUAAAUAGCAAUAGCACUGUUCACAGUAAGCUGGAAACGGAGGCAAAGAAGACGGAUUUGUUACAUGGAGAGUUAUAUGAUCUGCACUGCCUUUCUCCUCUAACACCGUCUUUGCAACACUCAGACCAAGGAAAGCAAGCUGCAAAUUUAAGAGCUCCUUCUGGGGAAUAUCUUCCGGCCACAGAGAUGAUAAGAAAUGCCUCUUAUGAUCGGCAACAAGAUAGCAACAACAUGGAAACAACGGAUCAGUCAUCGCCAAGAUGUAAUUCAGUUGCCAAAGGAGGCCAGCUCAUUAUUUCUAAUUCUCAGUCAAUAUCUGGUGCUUCAUUCUCAACUAAAACAAGGGAUCAGACGCAUAUUCCCCUUGUUCUAUCCGGCGGUUCCCUUCGGUGGCGUAGUUCACCAAUCACCCCAAUGACUAAAUUAGGCGAAACUAAAUCUCUGCAAUGUCUUGAAUCGGAUAGCAGACUUUAUGAUAUUCUAGAAGAUGAAACUCCUGAGUUGUUGAAGGAAGCUUCUACUCCGAUUAAGUCGGUGAAAACAAGUUCCCCUAAGCAGAAACGAGUUUCUCCUCCGCACAGUCAUCUACGUGAACUUGGUUCAAGCUCUUCAGGAGGCUUAAGAACUGGCAGGAAAUUUAUAUUGAAAGCUGUACCUUCUUUCCCACCGCUGACCCCAUGCAUUGCUUCGAAAGCCAAUGAUCAUGAGAAGUCAGAGAACAGCAGGCAAGUGACCGACGAUCCCAAAACCUGAAAGGAUCUCUCAACAUGUGUUGGUUUGGGGUUAUCAUCCGACCCAAAACAGAAAGGGAUAUAAAAAAAAAAUUGUAAAAAUAAUGAUUGAUUCGAGAGUACUUUUCCUGAGAGCGGAAGUGCAGACCCUGGCUUAUGUAAUGUCGUAGAUUGUCUUGCCACCGUCGGGUGGGGGCAUGUUAGCAAGUUACUUGUGUAAUUAGACAGACCUGUAAGCGUUGCAUAAACUGCUAUAUGCAUGUAUUAUUUGAAUUGAAGUCGCUCCAACCAAAAUUGAGUCGAUGAGGAUGAAGGGUCGGUCCAGAGCUUCCGAUAAGGGCAUGUAGUUAGUAAUGAGCGUAAAUAUCACUUAAUUGUCAUUUUAUUUCUAAAUUUUGAUGCUGAACAAUUUAUUGUGUAAAUAGAACUUGACCAGAUGAAUGAUUUAUCGUCAAAAUAGGUUCCUCUAGGUAACUUGUUUGGUGGAACCAGACCCAAAUCAAUGACCUGUUCUAUAUUGACAGGCGAUAGGUUUCGCUUGGAAUUUCUUCUUUUUAUUCCUCCUUUUUGCUUACUUAAAACAGAUGCUUCAAUUCUUUCUUUUUGAUUUUCGCUUUUUUGCCGUGAAAGCUCCUGUGUUUCCUCAACUCAUUAAUCAUGGCUGAAUCCUAAACCCUUAUGGAAGACUCGGUGAGGCACGGGAAAUUUGGCUGUUUUAUCUAGGUUCAAUUUCAGUUUCUGAUCGCAAUUUAAUGUUCUGCCCUACGCAUCACACAGCCUGCGAUGAAGCACGUUUUUGUGAUGAAUUAAGAUGUCUUACGCAAUACACGAAAUUCGAAAUGAGCUGUAAUACAAUAUCAUAAACUAGUGAAAGUAUGAUUUCCUGCACUUUUUAUAUUUUAUAUUAAUGUAUAAUUUGCACAUAUAUACAUAUAUAUAUUUGGUUAUGAUUAAGCACGUGGUUACAAGAUAAGCCCAGAGAC